GUAGUUGAAUGUAGAUUUUUUAUUUCAAGUUUGUUAAGAUCUGAGCUGAAAAAGCUUUGGAUACUAUGUUUUUGAGUUUGGAUUCAUUGUUGUGGUUUUUCAAUAGAUUCUUUGGUUUUCGAUUCGGAAUGCUAGUUGUUGCUUCCUGUUCGUAUCAUAACUUAACCUAAAUCUGCUCAGUUGAUUGAUUGGUGCGUGUAGUGUAUAAAAGCGGAGCAAUGGCGUCCCAUAUUGUUGGCUACCUACCCAGGGUUGGGGCCCCAGAGAGAGCUCAAGUUUGCCUCGGAGAGUCUUUCUGGGAUAGCAAGACCGGUGCAGAGGAAUUGCAGACGGUUGUAGCGGAUCUCAGGUCAGCCAUCUGGAAGCGAAUGGCUGAUGUUGGGAUCAAGUAUAUUCCUCGCACGAGCAACACUUUCCACACUAUGAUCAAGUUUUGGACGCUACAGCAAUGCUUGGUGAUGUUUACUUCUCAAUGGUUAGGGGCAAUGCCCCUUCUUAUGCUAUCUAUUAUGGCAGGGUUGUGCUCUCCACAUCAUGCACUAUGAUUCCAACCACAGUUGACCUGGUGAACGAAACUAAGUUGGACAAAGAAAAGUCCAAGUCUUGGCUCGCAUUUACUGCACAGAAAGUGCCCGAAGCCAAAGCAUUGGUUAGCCUGAUACAUUUUCUGAAAUUCUCUAACCUUUGGGUUACCUUGUCCUCAAUGAUAAAACUAUGGAUCACCUUUGCUUUAAUGAUAAAAGUAAAAGUAUUGUUCAUGU